AUGUCGGUAUCUACCUGGCCCGAUAUAUCCCAUCUCUCAAUAUCAACACCAGAGCUAGUCAACGCACUGAGACAGAUGGGCCAACAGGUUAAGUGGCCUCCAAAGAUGAAAGCACCUGACUCGUUGCGGAACCCGGAACUUUGGUGCGACUUCCAUCGCGAUCAUGGCCACAAAACUGAAGACUGCAUCGCCCUGAGGAUCGAGGUCAACGAACUACUCCAAAAGGGGCAUCUCCGAGAAUUCCUCUCAGAGAAAGCCAAUGCCCACCUCAGCAAAGAGACAGCAGGGAAAUCCAAAGGAGCUGCACCAGCCUCACCACCUCGCCAAGAUCGGGUGAUCCAUGUCAUAUCCGGAGGCUCAGAAGUAAGCGGAGAAAGCCACACAGCCGCAAAGAAAAGCACCUGUAACGCUAAGCAUGGUCUGAAAACGACCCAACCGAAGCGCCUACUUCUAGGAACCGACGAGAUAAGCUUCACAACUAAGGAGCAAGAGAAGAUCCUAACUCCCCACCAUGAUGCUCUAGUUUUCUCUCUCACCGUAGCAAACUGCUUGGUGAAAAGAAUACUAGUAGACAACAACAGCUCCAGCAACAUUAUCUUCCAGACGGCGUACCAAGAUCUAGGGCUGGAGGAGAGCCCCCUGACGCGCAAGGUAACCCCACUCAUCGGGUUCAGCGGCGAGGUCAAGCAAACCGCCGGAGAGGUUAUCCUCCCAGUAUACGCUGAAGGGGUCAACAUGUCUACCAAAUUCCUAGUCAAAGAUUGCCAAUCGACAUAUAACAUGAUCUUGGGACGACCCUGGAUUCAUGACAUGGGAGCAGUCCCUUCAACCCUUCAUCAGAUGGUGAAGUUCCCUACACCCGGGGGCAUCAUAAUAAUUAGGGGAGACCAGGAGAACUCCCAAUCCUGCUACCAGACCACCCUGAAGGGGAAGACCAAGGUCUUAUAG